GCUGUGCAGUGAGCCCUAUUCUUGAACGUGCAAGUGGGCGGCAUACAACAUAACGCCAUGGCGCCGCGCUCUCGUUAUACACAGUCGAAUGAUGUUUGUAAUUCUUGUAUGUUGAGUGUAUAGUGAUUCCUGAAGGAAAAAAUAACAGUUGAACGAAAAAGGUGAUGCCAAUUCAAGGAGACAAUAUGAGAAGAAAUAUGACCAACAGAGUCUUUAUCCUUAUUGGUAAUUGGUUGUGUCAUUUUCUGGAGGUGGGGACAUUGAAAUCCUUUUCUGUCCUCCUCAAUCACAUCACCAGAGAUCUUGAAUCCACAACGGGACGAGUUGGAAUGUUCGUUGGCAUGCACCAUGCUGUCACUAUGAUGUCAGGUGUUAUUGCAAAAGUGCUUCUCCGUCGCUAUUCCCCUCGUUCCUUGGCUAUUAUUGGUGGAAUUACAGGAUCGUUAGGACUCAUGGCAAGUUCCCAAGUCAAUAACGAUAUUUACUUUGCGAUCUGUCUUAUUUUCUCAGGACUAGGGAUGUCCUUGACGUUCAUUCCGAACGCGGUGUCAUUGGUUUAUGCCUAUGAGGAUCAAUACAUGUUGCCUUUCUCAGUUGGCUCAAUGGGUGCCGGGAUGGGUAUGUUGAUCCUACCAUUGUUAACACAGAAAAUUUUGGAGGCCUACAACUGGCGAUGUACUGUUCUCAUCCUCGGGGCAUUAAAUCUUAACACGGUUGUCUGUGGAUCAUGUCUGGACCCAACUACUUUGAACAGCGGUAAAACAUCACCGCCGACUCCUCAUAACUCUUCGACCAAGCCAGGCUCUAUAAAGUAUCAGGAAGAUGACAAUGAUAGCGACUCAAUGUUAUUUCGGUGUUUCCACAAUGUUUUGGAUUUGAUUAGGACUGCUUGUCGUGAAGCAGGUCUGCAUGUCUUCAGCGAGUACCCUCUAAUCAUUUACGCAUUUCUAGCAGCAUGUCUUAAUGGGAUCUCGUAUUCCGGUUGGACUGUGUUCGUCAUGCCCAAUGCAGAAGCGAAAGGCGUUGCUGAAGCAGUUGCUGUCUUGCUCUCUCUUGUAAGUGGAAUAGCAAAUACUGCAGGGCGACUAACGCCAGGACUCUUUAACUUUCUAAAUGAAGAUGUGUUUUCGUCAACGAUCUUGUUCAUCUUGUUUGGUAUUAUCGGUGCACUACCCCUUUGUUUAAAUUGGAUAGCAACUAGUUUCUCAACGUUAUGCGUCUUUGCUGCGAUCAGUGGUUUUGCUUUGGGGGCAAAGACGGUCCUGAAGAGUACCAAUGCAAUACAGUAUGUUCCACGAUAUCUAUCUCCUACGGCUCUCUCUUUCGCUUUGAUAAGUGCAGGACUUGGUGAAAUAGGAGGAGGGUGGAUAACAGGACUCAUAUUUGACAUGACGGGUUCCAUGGACACGGCUUUUCUUUUCCUUGGAUGUGCAGAUAUUUUCUGCGUCAUUAUCCUCACCUUAGGCAUACUACAUGAAAAGAUCCUUUUAUCGAAAUGAGUAACUUCGCCAAUAGUAUAAUGUGUGGUGUUUAGUUUGUGUGUGUGUGUGUGUUGUAAUACAUGAGGCCUUUUCUGGUGGAUGUUUACUUGCGAACAUAGUGUCAUUAUUAAACAAUCAUGGUUUGCAGGGCUUCCAAUUAAGUCUCUCCGAAUGUCAGGUAGACUUCCUGAACAUUGACUAAUUUUCGAACGAAACUGCAGAUUUUGAACAUCUCCCCAAUUAUAUUCAUGCAUGGAUUUCUUUCAUUGGAUAUGAAUAAACAAACAAUACAAUCAAAAGAGUUUAGUUCAUAUUUUUCAAAUGAUUGCAACAAUCUGGCAAGAAAAGUCCCUGUAACUCAUAAAUCUUUUAACAGUUUUCUCGACAACCAAAACCCAAACUCUAUAUUUACAAUCCUACUAACACAAGAUAAAUUAUUAAAGGGAUACUCCGGGCUGAAAAUAUUUAAAUAUUCAACUAAAUAGAGUAAAAUUAACUGAGCAAAAUGUUGAAAAUUUCAUCAAAAUAACGAAGUUAUUGAAUUUCAAAGUUUUAGCAAUAUUUUGUGAAGAAAGUUAUAUGCCCGUCAUCAAUGAUAUUCAUUAUGUGGGCUGAUGAUGUCACAUCCCCACUUUCCCUUUUCUUAUGUUAUUACAUGAAAUCAUAAUUGUUUAAUUUUUUCAUAGUGUGAACAAUGUGCCUCCUUUAUAAUGAAAUAAGUUACCGCAAUGAAUAUCUAAUGCAUUAAAUCAGUUGUCAAUCCAAUUUGUUCAGUUCUUGGUAGAAAAUAUUUUAAUCAACCUAAUUUCAUAUAAUAAAAUACAAAAGAACAAGUGGGGAUAUGACAUCAUCAAUGUGCUCAUUGAAUAUUCAUAAAGACAUGCCUAGAACUGUUUCACCGGAAUAAUGCAAAUCUUUAAAUUGCCAUAACUUUAUUAUUCCUUGUCCAAUUUUGAUCAUUUUUCUUUGUGUGUGUUUUGUUUGUCUGAUUUUUAAAAUCUAUUUAUAUCAUGUUAUUUUUAGCCCGGUGCACCCCUUUAAUAUUAACAAUCUACAGACCAAGAAGCGCCCAUGUUUCGAUGGUUUUCCUAACUUCCUACAUACGAAAAUUAUUUAAACUAUAGUUGAUGCUCUGUUGCACAUAUUUAAUAUUUCUAUGAACACAGGGAAGGUACCUAAUUUCAUGUAAAUAGCUAAAGUCAUCCCUCUUUACAAAAAUGUGAUAAUCAACUUGUUUCUACCUACCGCCCUAUUUCAUUGCUCACCUCGUAAUCUUAAAAGAAACUUAUACAUACAGGUACAAGUUCGUUCUUUAAUAAACACAGUAUCUUUUCGAACUCGCAAUUUGGGUUUCGCGAAAAUCAUAGCACUACGCAUGCAAUUCGGUCUUUUGUUAAUAGAAUCGCUACUUCCAUAGAUAAAGGUUGGUGACACCAAUAUUCUAUUUAGUGAUGAAAAUUUUAACGACUUAAAGAAAACUAUGAACGAUGAAUUACAAUAUGUCUCACAAUGGUUUAAUUGUAAUAAGUUAUCACUUAACACAUCGAAGUCUAGUUUCAUUUACUUUAGUUAUAAGCAAAGUUUGAUUACAGAUGACACAUUUCAUCAUCAAAAUGAAUAAUGUCGCCAUAAAACGUGUGCAAUCGACAUAUUUCCUAGGGGUUGUUAUUGACCAACUUUUAACAUGGAAUGAACAUAUACGAGUCAUAUCAAAUAGAAUAUCAAGGAAUAUUGCUGUCAUCAGCAAACUGCGCCUUUUCUUAUAUACCACAGUAUAUUUUGAUUUUACUUUACAACUCGAUGAUUUUUCUUUAUUUAAUGUAUUAUAACACUGUCUGGGAGAACACAUACCCACCAGGCUCCUUGGAUUGUUGAAAUUGCAAAAGAAGAUUGUUAGAAUAUGUUGCAUGUCUGAUUUUAGUGCUCCCUCAAAACCACUUUAAAAAAACUUAAUUUCCUUAAUGUAUAUCAGUUGAAUCAAUAUUGUAUCGCAUUAAUGGUUUUUAAACAUAAACAAAAUGCCGUAUAAUCUUGCCUCUAUGAUGAAUGGUAAAAUAAUUAAUGCACAGUUAUAACACUAGAAAUCCUGAAAAUUAUUACGUUGUUAAAAUACAGCAUCUUCCUUUUCUUUUAAAUUCAAAGGACCUUCCAUUUGGAAUUCUCUUCCCCGUAACAUCAAACAGAUUUCAUAUUUAAAUUCCUUUAAAUCCAAGCUAAAAAACUUUCUUUUUAAUCGUUCAUCUUAAUUUAAUUUAUCCCAUCGUAUUUCCUUAUUAUUUUAAGUUUAUUUUAUCAAUACAAGUCUUGAAUUUUAAAGUUUACUGUCCAUUGGGACUGCCUCAACAGAACCUUUGCUUUGUUCUUUUGCAGUUUCCCAUUUCAUGUUCAUUUUUAUGCAUGUACUGUAAAUAGCCUUGUUCAAUCUUAGCCUCUCUUUUUUUUUAAAUCUUACUUGCAUCUUACUUGCAUCUUACUUUGUAUCUUUGUUUCUUUUUUCUUAAUGUGUUUUUGUUAUUUUUAUACGCUAAAUGUAUUUUAAUGGACUUGAAUAAAUCAAUAG